AGAGAUAUGUAUCAAAUCCAGAGUGGCCGUGACCAUGAAUAUCCCCGCUAAAAUUUUAAAGGCGAAUUUGUUUACAAAUUUUCGUUCUAACUACUUCUCAACUAAGUAUUAUUAUUUAUCGAUAGCACGUGACAAAAUGAGUUUAGAAGAAGCAAAGAAACUAGCCGCAUAUCGAGCAGUAGAUGAGCACGUAGAAUCUGGGUAUACCGUCGGAAUCGGAAGUGGAUCUACAGUGAUAUAUGCAGUGGAUAGGCUGGCCCAAAGGGUAACUGAAGAAAAUAUAAAAGUAAAAUGUGUCCCAACAUCUUUUCAAGCCAGGCAACUCAUCAUAAAUCACAAAUUAGCCCUAACGGAUUUAGAAAUUUCGCCCCAUUUAAACGUGUGUAUUGAUGGUGCCGAUGAGGUCGAUUCUAACUUAAAUUUAAUCAAAGGAGGUGGUGGCUGUCUAUUACAAGAAAAGAUAGUAGCUAGCUGUGCAGAACAAUUGAUUAUCAUAGCCGACUAUACGAAGCACUCUUGUUUGUUAGGUGAACAAUAUAAAAAAGGAAUACCUAUUGAAGUGUCACCACUGGCUUAUGUUCCUAUAAAACUUAAAUUAGAGAAGAAAUACAAGGGAGAUGUAGCGUUACGGAUGGCAGUGAACAAAGCUGGUCCAGUGGUCACGGACAAUGGCAAUUUCAUACUGGACUGGAAAGAUUUCGAUCAAUCGUUAAACUGGAAAACGGUCAACGAUGAUUUGGUUUCUUGGCCGGGGAUCGUUGAUACGGGACUUUUCAUUGGCAUGGCCAGUAAAGCCUAUUUCGGAUUGAAAGAUGGAUCUGUUAAGACUCAAUCUUAACCCUUGCUGUUGUGGGUCUAAAGAAGAAUACCAUACGAUCGGGGUUGGGUAGGUAGAAAAUUUUAUAUUUUCUAUCGUAUUUUCUACACUGAAAAUUAAUUUUCUACAUUUUUUACAUGCCCAGACGUAGAAAAUUAGUUUUGUAUAUUAUAAGCCGUUUUUUGAGUUUAUACCGGGUGUUGCAUCGUCGUUGUGACAUAGGAAAUCCCAUGCAAAAUUUGAACUGUCCAGAUAUUGGCUCCCCUAUGGAUUCUAUAGCGAAGUUGUACAAACAAAACGAAUUUACGCCAGAUGUCUGUCAACGUUGCCAACAUGUGACAACAUGCGCGCUAACUGAAUCUUUCAAACUCACUGCUAUCUCCAGGGAAUGGUAGCAUUCACUAGUAAAAGUUGGUUUCAAAAAUACCUGUCGAACUUUUACUAGCGUAGUCUUGCAAAUCCGUGAAUGUGAGCUUUUACUAGUAAUCGUUAACAAUCACAGAUCUCCAACUUUUACUGUAACUUGUAACAUAUAUAUUUUAUGAAAACCACAGGCUUUCUAUUGUAAAAUUAAAAAACAAGGAUUAACGAAAGCUUUCAAAGAAAAGAAAAACAGACUUUUCUGUACGGUCUUCAGAUUUCACAGAAAAAAAUAUUCUAAUAAUCUUCAGAUCGAUUACUGUCUCUUCAGGAAGUUAGUACCGUCACAGAAUAGAGAGAUAGUGUUAGCGCACACUUAUUACAGGUUUAACAUUUAUAGAAUUUAAAGAAAAUAGAAAGGAAGAAACCUCUAAGUGAAAAAAACGCCUUUAAAUAUACAAAAUUAAUUUUGUACCUGAUCUCAGAUUUUCUACAUUUUCUACGCACUUUUCUACAUAUACGUAGAAAAUUAAUUUUCUUCGUGUCGUUACCCAACCCUGCAUACGAUGGAGAAAAAAAAACGGCGUCAAAGAUGGCUAGGAAUAAUAAUCAAUGAUAAUUUUGGCGAGGUCAAGCUCUAGAGAUUGACCUCGCCAUAACUAUCAUCCAUUGUCAUUCCCCAGCGGUCUUUGAUACAGUUUUUUUUUCGAUCAUACAGUAUAUGCGAUUCUUCAUAGAUACUUAUAACUGAUAUCAUCUUGUUCCUAUUUGUUUUAAAUGCAUUUGGUGAAUAAAAAUCUGAAAAUAGGCUCUCUACUCCUUAAUGUUGGGUAUGCAACUGAUAUAUUUUAAUAAAAACAGUAUCAGGAAAA